UAGCUCACGAUUUCCAUGCGAGUUGCCGCUAUAAGGAACGCCGUCAGCGAACGGAACACAGACAGUCCCACCAUGGAAACGGCUAGAACCAAAGGCAGCUCCAGCUGGCUGAUGAUCCAAGCUAUCGCAGUGCUCGGCCUGCUAACGGCGGGUAGCCUGGCGACUGACUAUUGCCAGUUAGAAUCCUGUUCCGGCGAGAAGCACAUAGCUUGCGGCAACGAUGGGAGCUUCGCCAGCAGUUGUCCGGCGGCUGCCAAGCUGCUGGCUGUGGAUAAAACGGCGCAGAAUGCGGUCGUCGUGGCACACAAUGACCUGCGACAGCAAUGGGCCAGUGGGCAGGGCAGGGUCAGGGUGAGUGCCUGCAACAUGGCCACAAUUAGCUGGGAUCCGGAGCUGGCGCGUCUGGCCGAGUUGAAUGUGAAGCAGUGCCACAUGGAACACGACGACUGUCAUAAUACGCAGAUUUACAAGAACUCCGGGCAGAAUCUCUACAUCGUCGGCACCACGGGCUCGGGUGAACCGGAUGCGGCCAGCAUUUUGCGUGAUGCUGUCGCGGAUUGGGCAACGGAAGCUGAGCACAUCAAUGCCGAUCAUCUAGCCGAGUAUCCCGACAACUACAAUGGACCCACCAUUGGCCACUUUACGGUCAUGGUUAACGAGCGCAACGUCGCCGUCGGCUGUGCCAUCUCCAACUAUCUGGACGACGGCUUCAACACGUAUCUAGUCGCAUGUAAUUAUGCGGCAACCAACUUUAUUGGCUUUCCCAUUUAUAAGUCGUGCUCGCAGCCCGCUGAAGCAUGCAAAAGUGGCACCAAUCCCAAGGACUCCGCUCUGUGCUCCAGCAGCGAAGAUGUGGACUACAACUUUAACGAUCCAUCGGCAUAAUAUUUGACAGUCUUCGAAAUCGGGCAAUAUUUCAUGUUCCCAUAUUUAUAUAAAUGUAUUAAACAG